UUCAUUUAGGUUAAAAUUUGUUCAUACCGAUCACUUGCUACACAAGCUAAUGAUUUUUUUGGUUUACUCUUUAUGGAUCAAUCAGAGUUCAAAUAUGGUCCAUCACACUCGGUGUCCGUCGUGGAUAAACCCGACUACGAUGGUUGCGACAGUAGCAGACCGACGCAGAGUUUUUCCGAAAGAGACACAAAGAUCAAUCUAACAAGAGUAGGAAAUAUACACUUCAUUUGCCCUACUUUUGGUCACUGCCUCGGUGGCAUGAAACUCGCUGUUCCCGUACUUGCCGCCGUUUCAUCAGCGCCUUCACCGUCUCCAUCGGCGCUUUCGCCGUCUCCAUCAGCGCCUUCACCGUCUCCAUCGGCGCUUUCGCCGUCUCCAUCCUCGGGAAACUCAAAAAACGCUAAAAACGCGGCGUCUAAGAGAAUCAUGAGUUAUGGAAAGAUUGGGGUGACGAUGGUGUUGAUGUACGGUGUGAUUGGAUAAUUCCUACCAGUCGAACUAGUCUAUCUUCAACUGCUCUUCUUGUGUGUAAUAAAUUAUUUCCUUUCUUCAUUACUUUUUUGUUUACUGUUUAUCUUUUCUCUUAUUCUUUUUUUCUUUAACUGGUCAUGGACGUAGCACAAUGCGUCAUUGUUAUCAUGUUAUACAUGCUUACUGCGUAAAGUAAAAUCGUAGCUCAUUACCAAAAAAAUCUGAGAAUUCCACUUUUGUCCUGUGGGUU